AUGUUCCGCAAUCCAUGGACGACCUUAUACGAUGCCUGCCUUGCCAAUGAACUGCCAAAAGACAUGACUCUUGACCAGUUGAUCGAAAUGGGAACGAACUUCUGCAACGAUUUGAAAAUUCAUCGCACGGCGGAAAAGGAAUUUGUCUUUCCACACCUCGGUCAGCGGAUGCCUGAAUUCACGGAAAAAGCAUAG